GGACUGAUAUGCAUUUAUGGAAUUACUGCAAAUAGAAAUGUCUUCUUCUUUUACAGCUACACUGUGUCAAAUGAAAUAGUUCUUAAUUUGAGGUCAAAGAUGCCGGCCGCUGGAAAUGCUGUUUUUGAUGGAACCACUUUUGGUACAAUCUUGACUGAAUGUGGGAGAUGCAGCAAAGAAAUGCAGCUAGUGUCUUGUCUUUCCCAGAUGCCUCAAGAGCCUGUGAAGAACUUUCCUCACACUAAACGAGUGGGAAAUUACUUGGUUGGAAGAAUGAUCAAUAAAGGUUCAUUUGCAAAAGUGAUGGAGGGCUUACACAUUCCAACAGGGCAAAAGGUUGCCAUGAAAGUCAUUGACAAAAAGAAAGCCAAGCAAGAUUCAUAUGUUUUAAAGAACAUGAAGAGAGAACCACACAUUCAUCAAAUGAUAAAACAUCCAAACAUUGUGCAACUUUAUGAAACUCUAGAGACAGAGAACUCAUACUAUAUGGUCAUGGAACUGUGUCCUGGUGGAGAUCUUAUGGACAAAAUUUGUGAAAGAAAGAAACUGGAAGAAAAUGAUGUAAGGAAAUAUACAAGACAGAUCAUGUCAGCUGUGGAACACCUACACCAACAUGGAAUAGUUCAUAGGGAUCUGAAAAUUGAAAAUUUCUUACUGGAUGAAAAUGGCAACAUUAAAAUUGUAGAUUUUGGGUUAAGCAACACGAUCCAGUAUAAUGGCCUUUCUCUGGAGCUACUUAAUACACAAUGUGGAAGUCCUGCGUAUGCUGCCCCAGAACUAUUAUCCAAUAAAAAGUAUGGUCCAAAAAUUGAUGUCUGGUCAAUAGGAGUCUGUGUGUUUGCAAUGUUAACUGGGACCCUUCCUUUUGCUGUCGAACCAUUUAAUAUUAAACAACUUCUUCAAAAAAUGAAAAAUGGAGACAUUACCCCAAUUCCACCUGACAUUUCAAAAGGUGCUGUUUAUUUAAUACAGACUCUCCUUCAACCAGAUCCCCCAAAACGUCCUACUAUUAAGGAAGCCAUGACAGAUAGAUGGCUUAAUGAUGCAUGGAAACCACUGAGUUCGAUUUCAUAUAAAAACAGACUUCGUCCUGAUGAAUUAAAUUCCAUUGUUUUGAAAUACAUGAGUACCACCAUGAACGUCAAAAUUUCUGAAAUGACCAAUAUUCUAGUAAAUAACAAGCCAUCUCCAAUAUUGGCAUCCUAUUGCUUACUUCUAAAGAAAAUCAACAAGCACCAAAUGGAAUUUGAAUUCUUACAGAAUGACAUACCAGAUGAAAAAUAUAAGAGAGAACAUUGCAAUUUUACUGAAGAGCAAGACAGUAUAAACCUUGAUGAAAACAUUUUGGAAAAAACAAGCAAAACAUUCAAGAAAAGUCCAGCUUUCUGUGAAGCAAUUCAGGAAGAUGAAAUUGCAAUAACUUUAGACAAUCAAGAAAAUCUUCAAAAAGCUUCUAAUUUUGCUGAUAGAGAGAUGGUUUAUUUGGAGCCCCCGGAUUACUCAAAGCAGCAGAAAAUGGAUACAAGCACAAGAUUAACUCCCUUAAGCAAUAAAGAUUUGAAUCAGCAAGAGGUCCAUCAAGAAGAUAUUGCACAAUUGGCUGAAAGCCAGAAUUCUGAACUAAGUAGAACAGAUCAGCCUGCCAAAGUCCAAAAUCACCAGGUGCAUGAUCCCUCUACUUCUUAUAUCGUGAAGGCAAAGUCUAUGCCUCUAAGCAGACAUGUUAAUGAUCCUCUUCCUUCCCAAAAGAAAGAAUUUAGACUCAAAGACCUAAAAUCAUCUGUUGUUAAUGAUCCAUUUAUUUGCCAUCAACAUCAUGACAGAGAAAUAGUACCUGAAACACCACAUCAGUCCACUCUACCUCAGCUCAGGCAACCUGGACUAAGAGACACAUUUACAAAAAAAGUUGCCUGGGUUACAUCUUCACAAAAUACAAAAACAGGUCCUAUGGUAAGUGGCAUGAAUUCCAUGAGACCACCAGUUUUUCCAAUGUUGGAUUCAACCAAGACUAAAAGGAUCAUGGUUCAAUUGGUUCCAGCUCAGAAAACUACAAAACAGAACCUCCCUUUGUUAUUGUCAUGUCAAAAAAGGUCAGCCAAAAAGUAG